CAAGAAAGUUAUAGAAAAAAGACUAUUCCACGUAUAUUUCUUAUUAAUGAUGGAGCUGAUUAUGGCAAAUUAGUGAAGAAAUUUCAUAAAUUUAUGAUUCGUAAAGAAUUAGAUUCUUUACAUGUUAAUAUUAUUUCAACGGAUAAUCUAUAG